UUAGAAACCUUUAUAGGUUGCCAUAUAAAGGUUGCAUUUUUUAUUAAAAGUUGUGAUACAAACGAUAUUUUUAUAUUGAACAUUUUAUAAAUUGACGAUGUCGAAUUUGGGCAAAUAUAAGUGCAAGCGUUUGGACGGGAAGGUAGCGAUAGUUACUGCAUCGUCACUCGGGAUCGGAUAUUGCAUUGCUGAGAGGUUGGCGCACGAAGGAGCCAAGGUCGUCAUCAGCAGUCGGAAGAAACAUCUGGUAGACAAGGCGGUUGAGAAGUUGAGGGAGCAGGGAUUGGAAGUUCAUGGGACUGUUUGCCACGUUGGCCUUGAAGAAGACAGGGAAAAGUUGUUCAAACUGGCAACUGAUCUCUACGGUGGUUUAGAUAUUUUGGUUUCAAACGCUGCCAUCAACCCAAGCUUUGGGAGUGUCUUCGAUACUGAAGAAGAGACUUGGGACAAAAUAUUUGAAAUAAACGUGAAGGAUACAUUUCUGCUCUGCAAGGAGGCACUGCCAUAUUUAGAAAAAAGAAAGGGCGGCUCCAUUGUUAUUGUCAGUUCCAUCGCUGGCUUCACUCCAUUCGAGGUGAUAGGAGCCUACUCCAUAAGCAAGACAGCCUUAUUUGGAAUGGUGAAGGCUUUCGUCCCUGAACUGACGAAGAGAAACAUCAGAAUAAAUGCCAUCGCACCGGGAGUCAUUAAAACCAAAUUCACCCAGGCAAUGUGGGAGACCAGAGAUAUUGAGAAGAGCACAGAAGCCAUAAUUCCAAUGAAACGACUGGGCCGGCCAGAGGAAUGUUCAGGUGCAGUUGCCUUCCUCGUAUCAGAUGAUGCUUCCUACGUCACUGGCGAGACUAUAGUCAUCGGUGGAGGUCUCGUCUCCAGACUAUAAAAAAAAACAUUCGUUAAGUUAUUAAAAGUUAAACGAUUAACUCUUACAAGUGGUCCUUUUGUCGAGAUGAAAUAUGUAGAGGACGACUUUAGUUCAAAUCCCAUCAAUUUAGCAUAGAAGCAUAUCACUGAGCCACAGUGUAGUAUAUUGUCACGUUUGAUCACUUAUAAAAUGUUAAUUAUUUGAAUU